AUGAAAUAAUUAAAUAAUAAAUACAAACAACAACUCUUGCCAUUAAAAUUGACAAACCAUGUCAAUCCAUAAUUUAAGGUGAAUCCAUAUUAAAACUCGUUUUCGCCUGUGACUCUCAGAAAACCACUCUUCAGUUUACAUGAAAAGAAUUCUGCUAGAUCCAUAAAAAAGUAGUAACAUCAUUCUCCUCCUAUCACCCAGAAAAACACCCUGCAGAUUGAAAAAUAUGGUUUGGACUCGAAUUUUGAAUAUAUCCUCAAAUUUGCAGUGAGAACAAGACAAGGAAUGUAAAUAGGGAAUCCAAAUAAAUAGAAUUAGGAUUCGUUCAUAGUGUUUCCAAACAUAGGAAAUAAAUCGUAUAUGCACUUCUUUUUCAUUUGUGAUGGUCAUGGCAUUCAUGGACACCAUAUCUCAAAUUUCCUCAAAUAGUAAUUCCCCAUUUACAUCACUAAAUUCAAGAAUCAAUUGGAAAACAAUCCAUAUGCCACCAUAUAUACGAUAUUCGCUCUAGUAAUCAAAGCCUUGGAUCAAUCAUCUAUCGAUUAGUCAUACUCUGGGUCAACUGUGGUUGGUUUAUUUAUGUUGCAUAAUAAAAUUUAUUGUCCAAACUUAGGGGAUUCGCGAGCAGUUAUGUUGAGUCGAACUAAUAAAUGGUUUCUCAAAAAUCUAUCGCGAGAUCAUAAACCAGAUUGCCAAGAUGAGGCAGAACGUAUAGUGAAUCAGGGAGGAAGGAUUGAACCUUAUAAGGAUUAGAAUGGGUAGACCUGUGGGCCAUUGAGAGUUUGGAAUAAUGGCAAUGUACCAGGGUUGGCUAUGACAAGGUCUAUUGGGGAUCAAGUGGCUAAAGCAGUGGGAGUAAUUGACAAACCAGAGAUCUUCAAUUUCAUACUUGAGAAAAUGGAUAGGGUUAUCCUGUUAGGAUCGGAUGGAGUGUUUGAGUUUCUUUCUUAAUAAGACAUUCUGGAUUCUGUUACUCCGUAUGUUGACAGAAUGGAUGUUGAAACUGCUUGCAAUCACUUGUUGGAAAUGGCUCACGUUAGUUGGGUACAGAAGGGAAAUAAGGUGAUCGAUGAUAUUACUUUUAUAUUGAUUUUUAUGUAAUAUUGA